GAAAUUGCUUCUAAAUUAGGUUGGAAAGGUGGAUUUGUAUGUGAAUUUAUAGAAUUGGAAAGUGAGAUUCGAAAAGAUAGGGAUCAAGGUGGUGGUGUUCAUGGUAAUGCAAUUUUUACAAAACAUGAAAUAACUUUUCGUGUACUUGAUCAUAAACAUCAUCCUUUGGAUUGGGAAAAACAAGGUAUAUCCUUAUGCGAACCGAGGAAAGGAAGGAGAUUUACUCUGGUUGCUGAAGUUAAAACUCCGUUCGGUCCGCCAAUCUUAUGCUAUUGUGUUCACCUGGAGGUCUUUUGUGGAAUAGUUGGAAGAAUUUCACAAUUUUCCGAGAUAUUAUUAGAUUCUACAAAUCAUAUUAAUUCACAUCCUUAUCAACUAAUUUUUGGAGAUUUAAAUACAAUGGGGCAUUCAAUUGCACGAUUAUCACCCUUAUAUUGUACAGAUAGAUAUCGAAUUUUAUCAUUAGGUUGUUCAGAAUCUGAAUGGUGGGAUAUUAACCUUUUUGAUUGGCAUAUUAAUGAUGGGGAAAUAAAUCUUAAAUUACAAGCAGGUGGAUCAUGGAUUAUGACUAAUUUGUUGAAAUAUUUUUAUUACAACAAUAAUGAUAAUAAUACAAAUCUUAACCAAAUUUAUUCUCAAUCUCAGAUGAAUAAUUAUAUAAUGUCAGGUUUUACUUUAGAUGUUUUAAGAGCAGCUCGAAAUCCAGGAUUUUAUGAUCCUUGGUCACCAGCGAGAGAUAUUACAUUAGCCAAUAAAAAUUAUUUUGGCUUAUAUUCAGCAAAACUUGAUUGGACUUUAUUAUGUGGGUUUGAAGUUGUUAAUCGAUGGAUUGGUAAUGAUGAUUAUUCUGCUUCUGAUCAUAAAUAUAUGAUGGUAGAAAUCAAAUUUGAUGGAGUAGAUAAAAUUUCAAGUUCGUCUAAGAACAAUUCUUGGAAAAUGAAAAGAUCUUAUUGGAAAAAAGAAUUAGAAGGUGCUAAGAAUGAUAAUUUGGGAAGAUGGUUGAAAUUUUUAGGAAUUGGAAUUAGUGUUUCAAUCUUUAUUUUUAAUGCUCUUCGUCGUCGCUGA